AUGUCCACCCGCACCGCCGACGAGAAGACCGAAGUGCAACCGCGUAAGCACCAGGUGCUGACGCUCAAAGUGGUGAUCCUGCUCUGUCUCGGGGCGUUUUUGCUUGGGGGGUUUCUGGUGGUGUGUUUAAACACCAGGAACGUCAACAUCAAGCUUCCCAAGUUGGGGGGUUGCCACGAACACAAGCUCGCCCCGGAAAGACUGUAUUUCUACGACGACUACUUUGAGACCACCUACGCCGAGUAUGCCACCGAGUUGUUGAAAAGAGACGAUAACACCGACAAGACGGACGACAAAACUACCGAUAAAAAGGACGAUAAGACCACCGAUAAAAAGGACGAUAAGACCACCGACAAGAAGGAUGACAAGACUACCGAUAAAAAGGACGACAAAACCACGGAUAAAAAGGACGACAAAACCACGGAUAAAAAGGACGACAAAACUACCGAUAAAAAGGAUGACAAAACUACCGACAAGCCCACGGCUACCGACGAGAAAAAGGACGACAACACCGACAAGACCGACGCCACCGAUUCGCCGAAAGGGGUGGUGACCAAGACCCGGCUGAAAGUCCAGAUUACCGUCGUCAAGUCCAACCUGAGACCGUCCGACAUGCCCAGCGAGUCUGAAUCGUCAUCGAAGGGCCCCACAAAGCCCUUGGACCAAGCCGGGGUGCAGUUUGCCUUGGCGCUUGCGGGGAUCGUCAUGCUCAACAUGCUUGCGAUUUGCAUCCACCAUGUGUACCAUGUGGCCUCCGACACCAGUAAAAGUUACCGCAACGUCGAGCAAGACAUCUCCCCCUUUUAA